UUUCUUUUGUUAAAGUGGUGUACAAAAAUCAGAGUAGCUGCUGGCGAUCCUCUUUUUUAUCAUUGUAGUUUCUAUCCAGCUUUAUUUUUGUGAAGGGCAGGAGAGCAUCAGACCAAGUUAGGCAUCACACAGAGAGACAGUUUAACUUUAAUUUUUCCUUCCAAUACAUUUCUGGUGACUGUCAGAUUUGAGCACAACAAUGCCUCAGUGCCUAGCAUAUGGAUGCAAGAUUCGCAGAGACAGCCUGCCACCAGGAGUUAGUUUCCACAGAUUUCCACGAGAUGCUCAGCUUUGCACUCGUUGGACUGUCAACUGCAGAACAGAUGUGGGAAACAUUGCCAAAUUUGUAAAGGAGGAAGUAAGCAGUAAAAAAGCUCGACAUUUUUUGUGCUCGCUACAUUUUGAGGAGAGCCAGUUUGAACUUAAUUAUAUGCACGAGCUUCUUCCAGAUGAACUGAGACCACGUCGGCCAGUUCGACGACUGCUUAAGGAUGCUGUUCCUACACUAUUCUCAUUUUCAACAUCAACCCCGCGGACAAGUUCAGUUCGGAGACUUCGUCACAAACAGCAGAAAAUGAUGAUUGAUGAACUUCUGACAACACCCCAGCCAACAUUGGAAGAUAUAGUGCGGGAACAGCUGCCUGUCCGAAGCAUGCAACAACAGCAGCAUGCUAAGUGGCACAACCCUCAGGCUAAGGUGAUGCAACAGAUGCCAGAGAAAGAGGAAGUCAUUCAACCAGCAAGGGGAAAGUGUGAUAAUGAGGAUCACAUAGAUGUGGCAGAAAUCUAUGCAGAAGUUGUUCUGGACUACAUGGGCAUAGGCACAGUGCAGAGUCACAAUUGGAUUCAGAAGAAGAAUGUUGCUUGCCAAACGAAGUUCCAUCGGAAAAGAUGCAGUGUGGGGGUUCAGACCAAGUUUGUACAUGCUCAAGCUCAUCCUGGGAAAAUGAUUGAUGCUGCAACGCAAUUUCCAGAUUUGGAACGUCAACAUUGGUAGACUAUACUUUUACUGCUAGGCAGCAGUUGCCAUACAGACCAAAGGAUUAACCUCAUUGACCGCAGAGUAAAAUGUUAGGGUAAACUUGUGUCAUAACUUUGCCUCUUACAGCUUUGUAUGUUCAUCAUAAAGCUUUACUUGAUUCAGUUUUAAAAAUAAAAUGGCAAACAUAGA